AUGAAAUUACGGAAAAAUUAUAAUUAUUUAAAAUUAUUAAAAAGAAUGUGGCAUUCUCUAUUUAAUUCUAAAUUCUGUUAUUUAACAGCAACUAAUAAUAAUCAAAGAAGAAGAGCAAUAUCCUCAAUAUUUUCUACAACAAUUUUAAAUUUUUUAUUUAUUAUUUUUCUAAUAAAUAACAUUUUUUUAUCUGUAAAUAUUUAUUGUCAAAUACAGCAAACCCAUAACCUUGAAAAACUAUCAAAAUUUUCUUCCUCAAUGCCAGUUAUUGGAGGUCUUUGCCAUCUUGAUUCACAAGAUGUUCAUAUUGGAGGAAAACAAACACAAUUUUUUCUUCGUUGUGAACCAAUUUCUGAAUCUUUACCGGGAGAAGGUGUGUGGGUUGUUAAAAGUAAAAAUGUUGGAUCAUCUCCUCGAAUUUCUGCCGCAGCACUAAUAAAAUCAGAACAACAACAACAAGUUAGAAAAACUUCACCCAAAAUGAGCAGCUAUAUUUGUGAUCUAGUUUCUGAUGCACACGAGCAUGGCUUUUGCUCUGUUAGCGAGAAUUGUCUUCAACCUGUUUAUACAGAUCGGAAUGCUUUUCUACAAUGUGAUUCAACGACUCGUCGCUGGCAUAAAAAACAUUGUCAACCUUCAUUCAAUUUUGAUUUUGAACGUCAGGCAUGUAUAGCACAUACUGUUGUCAAGCAGGGUCAUCAUCAUUUUAGGCAAUUCCCGGGUUAG